AGAAAUAUAAAGUUAAACCAACACAAUAUUUUUUAAUUAUCAAAAUCAAGCAUAGAAAACGUGUUGAACUGUGACGUCAUAUACACUCUUCAACACUGCUUGCUGACCCCGUCGUCUGUGGUGGCAUAUAGUCUAGGGCGCGACGAGAUGUUGAACAGAAGCGUACAGCAGAGCCAAGAGAUGGAAGAUCCACUUCUCACAAACAACCAUGCUGACCUUGACCUCUCUAACCCGUGUUUCAUCAUGACCUUGGAUAAACUGAAGCCACCUGACCUCACCCCACCCAAGGUCACAAAGAAUGACUCAAUGACCUUCGCUUUCCCUAAUAACGUAGUUACUGCUGACUCAUCCCUUGAUACGAACUCGCUGGAUAUCCCGGAGGUGACAACAGCGCCAAUAGAGGUCGUCCCAAGGUCACCACCACCACCAAGCACACAUCCAUGGCUCAAGAAACUAAUAUAUAUGUGUGAGGAUUCCACCUAUAUUGUGGCGUUUGUGGCUCUCAUGUUCAUAGCUAUACCAUUCAUAUUUCUUAUACGGUUUCUACUUGAUCCUUAGUCAGUCUCUGUCUCUCUAUGACAGACUUAAGGAGCAAGAUAUAUUUGUCUUGGUUGUCAGUGAGCAUAUUUACGCCACUGGCCACUCAUUGAGCAUUUUUACCAUAUGUUUUGGCCAGUCAGUGAGCAUUUUUCCUGUGUUUUUGUCCAGUCAGUGAGCAUUUUACUGUGUUUUUGUCCAGUCAGUGAGCAUUUUACUGUGUUCUUGUCCAGUCAGUGAGCAUUUUCACCCUACUGUAUGUUUUGACCAGUCAGUGAGCAUUUUUCCUGUGUUUUUGUCCAGUCAGUGAGCAUUUUACUGUGUUUUUGGCCAGUCAGUGAGCAUUUUACUGUGUUUUUGUCCAGUCAGUGAGCAUUUUACUGUGUUUUAUGGCCAGUCAGUGAGCAUUUUACUGUGUUUUGGCCAGUCAGUGAGCAUUUUACUGUGUUUUGGCCAGUCAGUGAGCAUUUUACUGUGUUUUGGCCAGUCAGUGAGCAUUUUACUGUGUUUUG